CAAGAUCAAAAUUUCAUGAAACUAAACCGAAAAAUUUACCAGAAUUUUUACGAAAAAAUGUUCCAUCUAAUUUAAAUCCAUCCGAUCCAACAUUUAGCUUACUUAAUGAAACAAAUCCUAAUCUUUUUCAAUUACGUUUGGCUCAUAUGAUGGCAAAUGUUGCUGCUUUAUCAUCAUCUUCUUCCGGGCAUAAUAAUAAUAAUAAUAAUAAUAAUGAUGGUAAUAAUGUUCAUUCAAUGAUGAAUACAUUUGCUCAUAUGCAACAAAAUAUUUUAUUAAAAAUAUUAAAUGAUCCAAUAGCAGCUGCUCAAGCAGCACAAGUUGCAACUGCAGCUGCUACAUCAAUUACACAAAAUAAAGUUAAUUUAUCACCUAUGUCAUUAUUAACACCGAAUAAUAAACAAAGUGGAAGUGGUCGAAAAAGAAAAUCAACACCAGAAAAACGUAUUAUUUCAAAUCAUCAAUCAACAGAAAAUAAUAAUGAUAUUUCUCCACCUAUUGAAUAUGAAGCAAUUAAUAAUUCAACUGAAAAUAUCAAUAAUCAAGAUAUACUUGAUCAUCCACUAGAAUUAACAUAUAAAAAUAUUCAACGAUCAAAUCCUGUUUCAUCAUCCACAGAUAUUCAAAAUCUUAUGAUAAAUCCAAGAAAAGAAAAUGGAAGUCCGUCGAAUCUAGGACAAUUUUAUCAACAUAUUGAUGAAGAUCGUAAAGAGAGUGCGACACCGAAUGAUUCGUCGUUGUCUCUUUCACCAUCAGACACUCGUUCUCCAAAAUUCUCAAAACGAAAACGUCUUUCAACUAGCGGUCAAUAUGAUUAUUUAAAUACACUUAAUAAUCUUUCAAUGGUUAAUCUACCACAAACAACAACAGAUUUAUUAUCACCAAAUCAUCAUCAUCAUCAUCAACAACAAACAACAAUUAAUGAUGAUAAUAAUUCAAAUAUUCAUCAACGACAACAACAACAUAAAUUAGAGCCACGUUCGUGUGCUGAAUGUGGAAAAGUAUUAUUUACUGAUAAAGCACUUUUACUUCAUUGUCAAACACAUGCAAAAAAUGUAAAACAAUGUUGGAUAUGUGGAAUAAAUGAUGAUGAUAUUAAAAAACAUAUUCAUACUGAACAUGGAAAUCAAAAAUUUACAAAUACUGGUUUUCGAUGUCAACAUUGUGAGAAAGUUUUUCCUGUUUUUGCUGAUCUAGAAACACAUACAAAAGAACAUAGCAAAAAGAAGCCAUUUGAAUGUCCAAUAUGUAAUAAACGUUUUGGGCAACAAGGAAAUUUAAGUUGUCAUUUACGAAUUCACAGUGGUGUCAAACCAUUUACUUGUACAAGUUGUGGUAAAGCAUUUCGUCAUUCAAAUAGUUUACGACGUCAUGCUCGAACAGUUCAUUCAGCAUCUCGUGGUUUAACAACAACAAAUUCACUUCUUCUUCCUCAUACUACAACAUCAUUAUCUAAUGAUCUAAAAAGUGAACCAUUUGAUGAUGUUCCAUCAGGACUUAUGAAUCCAUCUGAUGAUAAUUCAUCAUCCGAUGAUGGUAUGCCAUCGCCUUCGAUAUCUAAUGCACAAGUUGACAGUGAUUAG